GAUACGAUGUUACAGCCCCCCUUUACGGCGACUGUGUUCGAGCUCCACUGAGCCUGCCCCGUUGGAAAAUAUUGUUGUUCCUGAAGACUUUUUCAGCAAACUCGUGAAGCUAGUGCAAAAUGGGUAACGAAAGUUCGCUGCCUAUGGAACUCUGUUCAAACUUUGAUGUAGACGAAAUCAGAAGAUUGGGAAAAAGAUUUCGGAAGCUCGACUUGGAUAAUAGCGGGGCUCUCAGCAUCGACGAAUUUAUGUCUCUACCUGAGUUACAACAAAAUCCACUGGUACAACGUGUCAUCGACAUAUUUGAUGCAGAUGGUAAUGGAGAAGUAGAUUUCAAAGAGUUUAUCCAUGGGGUGUCUCAGUUCAGCGUUAAGGGCGACAAGGAGAGCAAAUUACGAUUUGCAUUUAGAAUUUAUGAUAUGGAUAAUGACGGUUAUAUAAGCAACGGAGAGCUUUUCCAAGUGUUAAAAAUGAUGGUAGGCAAUAACUUGAAAGAUACACAAUUGCAGCAGAUUGUUGAUAAAACAAUACUGUUUGCCGACAAAGAUGAGGAUGGCAGGAUUAGUUUUGAGGAAUUUUGUUCUGUGGUUGGCAAUACAGAUAUUCAUAAGAAAAUGGUAGUUGACGUUUAAGUGACCAAAGUUUGUGGAAAAACUCUUAAUUUACAAAACGUGGUAUGUUGAUUGAAAUCUAUAAAUUAAUAAUCUAUUAACAACAGAUUUAUGGGAUAGUUCUAUCAGAGAUCCGUUUAGAGUGAACUCACACGAUUAUUGUUCUUAAUUAAGCCUUUGAUCAUUACAAGUCUAUCCAAAUGGAAAAUUUUCAUGGUGUGCCAGACUAGUACGGCAUGGCACACGAACGUUAGAUCAACGUGAUACGACCAUUUCGAUGUCGUUAAAGGUAUUAUGGGACGAAUCAAAUUAUCUUGCGCGUUUCAUUAAAAAUAAGGAUCAACAACGCGAUCUUAAAUAUACAACCUUUAACUGGCAUCUUAAGUUUAAUGCCGCAUGGUCGCCAAGAUUUUCCUCAAAAAUGUGCGAUAAAGUUAGUCUUCUCAAGCGCCAGUCGAAAAGAAUUUCAUAGAUGCACUUUGUUCCUUUUUACUAAUUCUCGGUGGGAAAGCACGAAAGUAAGAUCAAAUUUUGCAUUGAUACGAUUACCAUGCCAUAAAACCUAUCGUAUUUCCGUCAUUGUUCAAAAAGUAAUUGUUAAUAUUAUCUUUAAUGACGUUUUAAUAUCGUUAAAGAUUUCAUUCGAUAGUCUCGGCGAGUCCUUAAGAAUAUUAUACUUUUGGACUAAUGUCUUAAUAUAUUAAUAUUUGAACAUAUUAAUAUGUUAAUGUUUUAGAAAAGUUAUAAACAUUAUAGAUAAGCCAACUCUUAAGGUGUACUAUGUUUAUAAUAAACAAUCACGAAUUGUGCAUUCGGAAGAUACAGCGAGGCAGAUUUUACUGAGUUAUACAGAAUAUUAAUUAUUAAGUUACACGAGUUUAUUUGGUUAGCCUUUGUGUGUAUAUAAGACUUGCGUGUACAAGCUGUGUACUGACAUUGGAUGUAUCAGUUUGUAAUUUUCGAAUGUACGAUUUAUUUAUUUAUUUAGAUAUUUAUUACGUCGCGAUCAGUCAGAAAGAUAAUUUAUCAUUACCAGAUACAUUAAGAUAUUUAUAAUACAAAUAAGUUUAUUUUAUCAUUGUUAAUUGUUUCUAUGUAUACUUACAUGUUACAUGGUCUUAUCAUGUCUAAUUAAAGUUUAAAAUUGUGAAAUAUAUUAAAAUUAAUCUACUAUAA